UUUUAUUGUAUACCGUUAGAAAUUCACACAAAUGCAAAUAAUCUUGUAAAUGUAUUUUAUAAAUCUUAUAAUUACGCGAACAUCAUUUGAACAAUGUGAGGUACAUGUCAUGCGGUGAAGUGAUUAUCUGUGAGACAACGUGCUAACACGCGAAAUCUAAGCCGAGAAAGUCGGCUCUGCUUUUCAGUCUUACAUCAAAUAAAAUACUCAAGAAUAAUGAUACGAAAUGUAUUUCGAAACGGUCAAAAGAUAUUUUGGAUCGGCUGUACAUGUAUUGGCACGUACAUCGUGUACCGGUAUUGGAAAAAGCGAGAACUUUUGACAAUAGACGAAGGUUUCGAAGAGGUAUCUAAGAUCUACGAUAGUCAUGAAAAACGAGUGGUUGUGUUAGGUUUAGACGGGGCCGGAAAAACAUCAAUUAUAAACCAAAUAUGCGUCGCAAAUGGUGAUGAAACUUCUUACACUGUACCUCCAAAACCAACUGAAGGUUCUUCUGUAUUUAGAAUAAAAAAUGGCGUUUCCUUUUACAAUGUUUGGGAUAUUGGAGGUUCAGAUGCCACUAGAAAAUAUUGGACUGCUUUCUUACAAGAUACAGAUCUGUUAUUAUUUGUAGUAGAUGCAUCUGAUGUAAACAAAUUAUCUUCCGCUGCUUCUAUUCUGAAACAGUUAUUAAGUGAUACAAGAAUGGAUGAUGUACCAAUUUUAGUAAUUGCUAACAAACAGGACUGUCCUAAUGCUCUAAAGCCACAAGAAGUUAAAAAAGCUUUAGAUUUAUUAAGUAUUUCCCCUCAUAAGCACAAGGUAGAAAUAAUUGGAUGUCAAACAAGACCACUUCCUGAAAUGCCAGCAGAAACAACUGAGUAUACUUGGUAUCAUGCAUCCAUGGAUUCUGUUAGGAGAAAAAUAUUCUAUAUGGUAAAGGAUAAUUUUUCUGCUCCUUUGUUUUGUUAA